CUGUCACACCAGAUUUCUAUGCAAACUACAACUUGCCUUAUACGUUGCACUGAGAACCUUUUCUUACGGUCAAAACGUAUGAAAAAAGUGAUUUUAUUGGUGAGUUAUAACUAAUUUCACGCGUAACAAGUGAUGCAUAGCGACCGUUUUUGAUGGCGGUUUGAAAGCAAAACAUUUUGAGAGACAGAUUGGGCUAAAAGCAUAGUUUUCUAAAGCUUUACAGAACCAAUUAAAUUUGGCAUGAGGGAAAUAUGGCGGAUCAUACUGAUGAUGAGGGAACAAGAACAUCAUCAGUUGAAAUUCAACUGUGCCAUUUGCUAGCUGUUCUAAUAUGUGAUCUAAAUUGCUUAAUAGUACUUAGAACAGAACUGGAGCCGAAUAAUUUAGUAAAGAGUUAAAAUAGUCGGCUUUGAUCAGUAUACAAGCUGGAGGUGGUACAUGUUUUACAUUUUGGCUGCUUGUACAGCUCAAAGUUCUCAUUUUAAACCAAACUUCAGCUGUUUGAAUGAGAGAUAAAACUACAUAUUUAAAAAUUUGUUCGCUUGAUAUGAAGAAAAAAUCAAAAAAUCGUGCUUCAACAACCGCUGAAUUGUAUGCUUAAUUGGUGAUUUAUUUUUCUAAUAGUGACUAGUCUAAAAACCGAAGAAGAACUGUUGAAAAAGUCAGUCAAUGGACGAAAAAUCACGGGCGCAGCUACUCAGGAUAGUUUUUAAGUCCAGGCCGGAACUACUGGAUUUGGCUGCGCCCAAAAUAACCCCGAAUAUCAGGAGACGAUCUCACUACAACCUGAAGAAGUUCGAGCGAAUUGAGCGACUGGUGGAGAAAAUACACGAUGAUAUUUUACUAGACGACUUCGAAACUGCUGUCGAAAAGAUCACUAAGAAAUGUCCAGUGCAAGUUCAGAAAAUCCGGGCUAUAUACCACUGGAUCAAAAUACAAGACCUUGAUCUGAUCUCAGACACAACAUCUAGCCUGAAGCCCUCAUCAAUCUGCCCUCUCCUCUUCUUCUAUCACAUCGCUAACGGGUCCACUUCCUUUUACUCACUCAUAUUCGAAAUCAUGCUUCGAUUCCUGAAAAUUCCCAGCAUACGUGUCGAAGGCUAUAUCAAAGACCUGAUGUUUGAGCCAGGCGAUGAAGUUGACAGAUCAAAACACAUCUGGAACGUUGCAUUCGUCAGUGACUCGGAAGGCCACUCAGAUUGGCAUCUUUUUGACGUGGCGACGGACGCCGAAAACUAUCAUGGAUUUUCUUACACUGAAAGUCGAAGAACUUCCCAGAGAAGUUUCAGUCUUUCCUCGAAUGAUUUCGAUAACAGGGCUAAAAGUGCAGCAAGUUCCAAAUCUGUGGUGUCAAUCAAACGCAAACGAGAGUCGAUGAAACUGAGAAACAGAACUUCGUUCGAAGCUGAAGAUUUGAAUGUGUCUCGUUUCAUCUCGGACGAAUUUGAUCGGCCUAACUCAUCGCCAGCUAAAACCAAAGCUAAGACCGGCGCACUUCAUACUGACCAGCAUCACUUAAUAGAAGACGCCUACUUCAGUCCAGCGCCAUUCGACAUGAUCAAAACCCACUAUCCACUUAACCCUGAACAUCAGUUGACAGUUUACCCAAUAGGCCUGAGACAAUUCGAGAAGCUUCCGGUAGUCAGAGACAUAUUUUCCAGUCUUUAUUUGUCUCUGAAAGGUUCCAGCGGGGAUCCAAUUGUGACCACUCAGGACGGGGAGGUUGAACUGACAUUUGCUUACUCGGUUUCUCGACUGCUGCAUUUCAACGUUGUUUUGGCUCAUUGGAACAUGACCAAAUGGCACAAUACAGGAGACACCUGUUACAUCACUAAAAUAGACCAAAGAGACAAAAUUGCCGAAGUCACUGUUUUUGCCCGACUACCGUCUCCUGGGGAGUACAGGUUGAGUCUAGAUGCGGCGCCAAUUCUACUCGAAUCCCCUUUUCUGGUAAAGCCUCGCGAAGCUGCAUGUUGCAAAGUCAUCUGGGAAAACGAGGGGCAAACCAGUUCAUCAAAGCCUAAACCCCAUUUGCCUAUUUUAUCUUGCACUGGUUUUGGGCCAAUUUUGCCACAAGUUGCCAAAAACUUCGCCCUGGAAGGAGCAUCAAAAUUUGGGCGAAUCAUGUGUGAAAACGGGGUGUUAGAACUACCGUUAAUCUGUGAGAUACAGUCGCUAAUUGACAUGGAGUACAAAAUUUGUGCGUAUUACUACAAUGAAAAGUGGGAGGAAAUUAGACCUAUUGCUGGGAAUCUCUGUCAUUUGCAGAAAACAAGACCAUUUCGUAGCAAAAAAGGGCACAGGCAUCAUGAGCAAUUGAAAACGGAAGAGAAAAACGUGCUUCUGGCAAAAGUAGAGUUCCCACAUGCUGGCGAGUUUGCCCUCAGCAUAGAUUAUUUCAUCCCAAUUUCGCUUAAAUGGUCGAAUCUAGUCAACUAUUUGGUAACAGUUCAAUCCACUCCUGGUGACGCGCUCUCGAAAGAGGCCACGUUUGAAGCUGUAGCCAAAACCGCGAUCGCUUUUGUCAUUCCCUCUUUUGUCGUGACCUUUGUACCCGACAGUGAAUUGCCAUUCCAGGGAAACAUUUUGAACUGCCUCCAAAAACAUGUGGACUCUGUUGACGUCGAGAAUAUUCUAGAAGCAUCCAUUCAAAAUUCAAACGAACAACUAGAUCUACCCGAUGACGAGAAACGCGAAGGCUAUGGUGGAGAGGAUCGUUACAUGGCAAUUUCGAAAAUGGGCGAUGACGACAAAAGCAAGAAUGCCGGAGUGUUUUUCUUCGAACUGGCAACAUCAACUGAAGAUGAAAAGGCCAAGGCCACAUCUACAAUAACGAUUGAAAGUGAAGCAAUCGGCACUCAAAACCUUGAAGCUGCGGCAAGGAAAACACCGUCUGCUGACUUGUCGUAUGAAAACAAAAAUGAGUCAGAGGCUUCAAUAAAACUAGAGACUCCUCCGUUCAUUGAAGAAUCAGCAUAUUCGAAUGAGGUCAAUUCAAAUCAAGAGAUAGACAGUUUAUCCUCCCACAAAGAAGAGGAAAACGUCUCAAGUAAUUUGACAAACUUUGAGUUGGCGGCAAAAACUAAUGAAAAAAUUCCGAAUGAGCCAGAAAUUGACUCGAAAGAAAUCGAAACACCCAAAAAACUAUCAACUGUAUCAGGAACUGUUUCUGAGGUUGGUGAACCAGAGUCUCAAGUUCAAUUUCACGCAAGUUCCGAAGUGAAAUUUGAGAGCGAAAGCGAAGAAAGUUUUCACAAGACAGAGGAUUUGACCGUGGGCGUUGAUGUUGGUGUCCAGAGAGCGACUCUGGACAUAACACCAAUGCCCAGUAGACCAAACACAGCUACAAUAGAAGUUGUUGACGUAUCAGAACCUAGAGAAGAUCCAACCAGUUCUCAAUCAGAAGCAAAAAGGACCGUUGGGACAAAUAGUGAAAAAACUUCCGAGAUGUCGAUAGAAAUAUUUGAUAGCAAACCUAUGUAUGAUGAUCAACCAGCUCAGUUUGAUGAAGAAUCUAUUAAUACCCAAAGACAGGAGAGCCAAAAAAAUCAGUUGGAUAUUUCUGAAAAAUCAGAAAAAUCAGUGGUAACAGAAAAGAACAUUUCUGCUAUAGAUAUGGAGGAGGUACAAUCCAAAAAAUCUGUUUCCGAAGCCGAAGAAGAUCAUAGAUCUAGUUUUGAAUCAGAGAUACAAUCAAACAAAUCCGUUUCGAUAAACGGCUACCGCAACUCGACUGAAAAUACUGAAAGCAAUCAUUCGAAUGAUACCGUAGAUGAUCGUGAUUUCACAGCAGAGGUCCAAUCUCGAACAUCGUAUUCAGUUGCCAGCAACAAACAUUCAAUAGAAAUAAGUGAUCAAAAAGUCUCAGACAACGGAAACAGUGCACCACUAGAUUCCAGAAGAGAUUCAAUCGAUUCGAAAGCACUGAGUGCACAGGUAGCGAGUGAGUCUCUGAAAGACGAAGAAGAUAAAACCGACGAAUUGACUUUAAAAUCUUCAAAUGACAAACUCAAAAACUAUUUCGAGUCCCAGCUGCCGGAUACGAUCAAUGAAACUCCGAAGAUUAUAAAAAACGUCAACUAUGAAGAUUCCCAUGCACCUGAAAGUAUACUCGAAAGUGAACAAAACUCAGCUACGUUAAAAACAGACAGUAAGCGUCAGUCAAUUUCUGACAGUCUGAAAUCUAAAAAAUCAAAUAUUUCCGCUGGAACCAAAAAAUCGAAAGCUUCCAUGGAGCAAUUCUUGGUCACAUCAUCGAAUAUCGAAUUUUUUCACUCAGGUCAAAAUAUUCAGUCAAAUGAGAAUGAUAAUAAGCCCAACUUAACAAAAUUAGCUCCUCGCGUUUACACCAGCAGUUACGUUCAAUUAGGAAAUGAAAUUGAAUACACCUCCGAGGAAACGGAAGAGAUGAACCUGGAAAACAAUGAAGGCGACCAGAAGGCUACCAUGGAACUCACACCUCAACCUAGUUCACCAAACACAGCAAGUGAAGAAGUUGUUACGAUUGAAGAGCCUAUUGAGAAAGUAGAUGAUCAAAAGAGAGCAGUAUCUCCUAAACAAGACAGUCUCGUCGAUGCAUGGGUAAUAGCAGAGACGGGAGAUCUCGAGAUACACCAGUCAAAAAGGGAACAAGCAACCAACACAUUUCAAGAAGAUCAAAAAGUUAACGAUGAAGCAGACAUCUUGGUAAUCGAAGAAAGGUCACAGACCCCAUUACCAAUGUCCUAUUACAACUUCAGAUCUAUUUCCCCAGUAACUGGCAAAAAUGUCGAGAAAUGGGACUUUCAAGCAUGUGAAAAAUUAGAAGCUGAUGAAGGCAAUUUUAAAACAGCAGAUGUAAUUGAGAACACCAUCAGCGAAGAAUUUAACUAUGCAGCAACCGAGUUGCAAAUCAGCUAUGUAUCGUCUGAAACGCCUGUUAGACUGCCUUCGCCUGUCGUAUCAGAAGCGUCACAGCGCUCGUCACAAAGUAAUGAACAAAUAUCGAAUAAAUCGAGCGCAAAAAACAAUGACCACGUGCUAAGUCAUAAGACGAGUAAUGCUUCUGCUAAAAGCGAUUUGAUAGAACAAUUAAAUAAGUCUGAAAGCUCUAAAAAACAAGAAACUUCAACUCACAAUGCAGAUAAAGCUAUUACACCACCAGAAUUAAAAAGUAAUUUUGUUGCAGAUGAAAACAAUGCGCCAGCUUCAACUCAAACCAAAACAACUGAUAGCAUAGAGCAAAAGCAGCAACAAACAAACCGAACAAACCAACAGAAAAAAUUACAACACAAUGAGAAAUCGACCAACUGUGGAGGAGCAGAGGGCAAGAUAGUGCCAACACCUCCGUCACAAGAAUCCAGCAAACUCAGAAGAAGAAACAGCAGAAAAUCAGUAGGCGGAGCUUCAGUUUCGAGCUACAAGAGCAUCAUCAGUGAUAAAUCCACCAAACAAGCAACUGUAACGCCAUCAGCUUCAAAAAGGGCACCUGAUUUAAACAAGCAAAGUAGCCAAUCAAAGAUCUCGACACCUACAAAAACCAGUCGCAAAUCGUCAAUAAAGACCUUGUCUCGCAAAGAAUCAGAGAAGUCGAUUGGAACUCCAACAAAGAGCUCCGAAGAGUCAAUUUCACCAAAAGGGAGUCAAAACCCCGAAGCAGUUCGAGUUGAAACUGUUUCACGGGUGCAGUCCAAAACACCGGUCCAAAACACCGAAGCAGUCGAAGAUCUGAAAAUUGCAACUCCCGUUUUGGGAAAAAGUAGGGAACAUACGCAAGCAGACUUAUCUAACAAUAGUAAAGAUAUUAAACAUUCAGAGGCGAGGUCCCAGACUCCGGUUGAAAAACCAGCGGAAACUGAUCGGCCAAGUGAAAACGUUCAAGCGCCACUUUCAGAGAUGAAUGAUAAAGCACACGAAAACAUGGCACAGCGGCAGCCAGAAACAUCAGCGCAGAAUACAGUUAAUCAGCAAGAAGAAGAAAAUAAGUCUGAAAAAUCCGUCUUUUCAGAAGAAAGUAUUUUGAAUCAGGAAGCUCAAAACUUAGAUCACGAUAUAAACGAAAACACGGAGGAGCUUUUAAAAACCAAAGAAAAACGGAUUGAUGGCGACACAGUUGUGACAACAGUAGAAAAUGAAGAAAUUGAUGAGCAAAAUGACAAUCGAGCAUCUGAGGACAAACAGCAGGAAAGCGAGAGCGAAUAUCCAAAUCUAUAUGAAACAAAAGUCGAUGAAGACGAAAAAAGCAAAAUGGGAGAAAAAUCAGUUGAGAGUGAAGAUCAUAAAACACCUGUGCCACACAUGCCAUCAUUACUACUGCCAACAAACGAAAAGGACACCAACAAUAGAAACAACAGGCGAAGAUCCACGAUAGAAGAAGACGACAAAGUUCUAGAAGACAUCGUGAAAACUUACAGUGAAAAUGAAAAAAUCAAAAGUAAUGGCAAAACAACUCACAGAAGUUUUGUCAGUGUAUCCACUAAGCCGAAAACAUUGGAGAGCAGCGCUAGAUUAGCCGAUUACGCAGAUAGCAGAAGAGAACUCUACCAGGCUGAAACAUCACGGCGAUCUAAACAGGACAGUCACAUACAGACAAAGCUGAAAACAAACACGAAAAAGAAGAAAGCUGCUCCGGAUGCGGAAGCCUCAGAGAACUGGAGUUCGAGCCAAGAAAGUGGAGUUUUUCAGAUGGGAACAUUCGAGAGUAAUUUUGGCAAACCGAAAGAAUCAGAAAGAUCUGGAACUCCUCUGAUGAUUGACAGCGCUGAAAACGAUGACGCAAAAAUAUACGAAAUCGAUAAGGAUAAAUUGAUAGAUUUGGAAAACACUUUUGACCAGCGCAGACAUGAAAGUGACUCGUCGGAGAAAAUUUUAUUUGCUAAAAGUAUUCCUAGGAGAACUUUUCACACAGCUACCAUUCGAGGAACUCCAGCGAAUAUCGGAAGACCAGUAACGGAAUCACAAGCACUACUCGACUUCAAAGAAGAAAAUAUACUAGAACUGGAAGAGCUCGUAGAUACUUUCGACAAGGCCAUCGAAAUUGAGGGAUCGGAACAAAAUGGAUCUUUGAAACCAACCAGUCAAGCGCUUCUAACAGUUGAACUUGAAAACUUCUCAAUGGAAAAGGAUACCGAAAUCAUAGAAGACAAAUCAUUGGAGCUUCCUAUAGCCGUAUCUUUGGAAGAAACAAUGCAAAAGGGAAUGUUCACGAAAAGCUUUAGAACACCUUGGCAAUUAGAAAGCGGAACAUCCGAAAGUAUAGAAGUCACUGAAAUUCCCGAAUUUGAAACUGCCAAGAUUAUUGAUUUCAACAUUCGCGAACAACCAAAGCCGCGGAAAGCUAGCAAAUUGGUGAAAACUCAAGAUCCAAAAAUAUACGGCAAAGAUAGGCGUUCAAAACGGUUUCAGGAUCCAAAGUAUUUGAAUGUGGAUCUAAGGGAAAAACCCGAGGAACUUAAGCGGCCACUAGGAGUCCUUAGUCGGUUUAGACGAGAGAUGAAGCGACUCAACAUCGAAAACGAAGAUGACACGAAAUCAAAGCCAGAAAAAACUGCUGAGCCGAUCAAUCUGAAAACAUCAGAAUCAGUCGAUGAAACUGCUAAUAGAAUUGCAGAUGAUCAAAGUGAAGAAAGAGAUCAAAAGGUGAACAAAGAAAAAACAGGAAAGGAAAAUGAGGAAAAGAAAAAUGGUCCAUUGAUAGUUAAAUUAAACAGAGCGACUACAAAAAGAAAUCUUUAUCAGCCAAAUACACCUCCAAUGAAUAAAUCCAGAGGCUCUAUUUUCGUAGACCCAAUAGGUAAAGAUCCGAUAGCUCAGGAACCCUUUAGACACAAAUCCUUCAAUCGCAACUUGGCUCGAGAGCUUAAAUCGUAUCGAAAACCGGGAUCAGUGGUCAAGGCUGUUUUGAAAGCGACCUUUAUAGUGUUAGGCGAAUCUCCGUUAUGUCUAGACGAUUGGGACGUAGUCAGUGGAUUGCUUAGUCGAAGUCUCUACAAAGACUCCUUGACGGUUAGAAUGGAAAACUUUCAGAGCGAUAAUUUGAGCGACAGCGCAAAGGAAAGAGCACAAGAAGUGUUGAGUCAUAUAGAUGACACGGAUGUUGAAAAAAUCAGUAAGCCUGUGAAAAUUUUACUCGACUGGGUGAGAAGUAUCCUAUAAUUAAAAACUUUCAAAAACUGCCAGAAAGAGACGCUAUUUUGAAAUAAAGAAAAAUAUCUUUGUAUGAUACGUACUGCUCCUGUAAGUGCAAUUCAGUUUGAACUUUUUAAAAUUCUCA